AUGGACAACUACUCGCUUGGUGGCGCAGAGCACGGGUACACCCGCCGGACCCGGAUAGAGCUGUGCUCACUCCGCCAAGAUGCCUCGAUUGACAGGCCAAGCUAUAGAUACGCUACAUAUUAUGACAUUGAUCUGAGUCCCGAAGAUUUCCAAACACUGGAUAGCUUAAAGAUCGCCUUGCAGGAUAAAACCAAGGCAGGCUUUCUCAAAUCACAGUUUUUUCGCGUCCGCAUAAAGUAUUCCCAUGAAGAUUUAAAUACCUCGACAACACCGUUUCUAUCGUCCAGCGAGGAGGUACGUUCUGCCUACCAAAUAGCACAGAACUCAGGAACAGACUGGUCCCUCUUCGUCGUUCGGUACACGAAGGCCCAGUCAGCACAGCUACAGGCUAAGAUUCCACAAGAAGAAUACAAGCACCUCCAACGACUUUUGGGCUCCAAAAGGAAGUACGAGCGCCACAUGAAGGUGCUGCACGACACAUCUAACUAUUCAUUGAUCAAGGUGUCGAACAAGGAGGGAAUCAUCCAUACAUCUGACUAUAUAGACACGCUUAAGUCUCCGGAGCUUUCAUCCAUUUCUAGCACAGCAUCCCUACAGGCACACCACGGCCACAGUGGAGUCUUCGGUGGUGACGAGUUCCCGGUUCAAAGCACUGGGUCGUCACUGGGAAUAUCCGGAUCCUACAACAACCCUCAUCAAUCCACCUUUAAAGGCAAUUCCUAUGCAGUCUGCGAGCCCCAUGAACUAUUUUCUUACGUAGAUUCCUUAAUAGCUAGUACAAUGGACGGAAAUGUUUCAAAUUCGGUUCUGGUUCCUGCUCACUUACUCUGUGAUGAUGGUGACUAUACUCACAACGCAUUCCUCAUGCACAUCGACGGUCGCAGAGGGAGAGACAGUGGGAUUGAGUACCCUCCUCAAGACCAGUAUCAAAUACUAGAGAAAAUAAAGCAGGAGUCUCCCUUCAGCAAGUUGUUUUCCAUUAGAAGCUUGGAAAAGUGGGCCAAUGAAAUACAGGCAAGGACGCAUGCAUCCUACGUUUUCCCGCCUGCUUACUUUCCAAUCCCAGAUGUCUAUGAAACACGCGGGUUCAAGAAUGUCGCCGUUGAGAACAGCAUCCUCGACAUAGCCAUGCUGUACUCUAUGUACUUGUCUCAGAGAUAUCCCACUCCCCGCGGUUACCACGCUGAUGAUUAUCGGAUAGAUGGCCUUGGGAUGUAUUUAGACGCUGACGAAGAUGGGGAUGAACACGAUCUAAACCCUGAUCCCGAAGGGGACGAGGAAGACGAGGACGAGGACGAGGAGGAUAAUGGCAGCAAGCACCUCGACGGUAGCGAUUAUGCUCACAGCAUUCCAAUGUAUGUUCCGCUCGCUUCACACUUAAAUCUACCUAAGCCUAGCAACUUCAUAAAAUAA